AUGCAGAACCGCAAUGCGCAUCGGCGAACCAGCAGUGGCUCGACCGUGAAGGCUCCUCUCAAAGGCGAGCCCGGUGUGGGUCAUGGUUCGCAUUCUCUACCUCCUCCACAGCCAGUCCGCGCCACGCUUUGGGUUCAUGAUGAUGGCUUCUCCUCGGAGGACGUCCUCAUCAAUGAAUCAAUUCUAGAGGGUACGGACGUCCGCGAAGGCAGCUUAAUUGAGAUCUUCCCCGUCAAGGAGACGUCGGAUGUGCGUGAUUUUCAGUCACCGAAUAGUGAAAACGAGGAAAACAGGCGGACUGGAGGCGACAUUGGAAAUGCGCUCGACCGCGGCACUCGAUACCUCUGCAUCGCCAAGUUUGCCUCCGCGGACUUCAAAGCAAGACAAGCCAAUCUCCAGGUCUCCGUCAAGAGCAACAUUGCACAAGCAUUUGGUCUUCGAUCACGCUCACACAUAUGGAUCCUACCUGCCUCAUUCGAAGACUGUACGGCGUCCCACGUCGAAUUCACGUUCAGGGAUGUCUACUUGGCGAGGUCGGACAUGUGGCGGCUAGUCGGCCAAGAGCUGGCAGGGAGGACAGUCUUUGCAGGCCAAAAGAUCACCUUUCUCGGAAGCGUCAAGCUCACAGUCAAGUUCAUUCACGUGAACGGCCAUAAGGUGCCUACGGCAUACUUUGCGGGUACCACAAUCCCGAUAUUUCGAAGCGAAGCCGCUCGCUAUGUUCUCUUUAUCCAAAUGUCUAGUGAGAUGUGGGAUUUUGACUCGGAAGGCAACGGUGAAAUCAUGUUUAACCGUGUCAUCAACGGAUUUCUCCCCGAGCUUUUCAAACGGUGGCACGGUUUGGAUGUGCGUCAUCUGGUUAGCAUCGUUCUCUUCGGCCGCCUUGAGUAUGACCGGUUCGAUCUUGCCCGAAACAAAGAUCGACGACUCGAGACUGCACCAGCAUCAGGUGCGCCCAAUAUGACGGCUCGCCAAUAUCAAGACUUCUAUAGAGUAGUUGUCACCGACAUGGCCAGUGCCCAGUGGACCACCAUACUGGACGAACUCAAGAAGGAUUUCCGUGUUUUCCUCAGGGACAUUUCUCUACACACGUCGAGCAGUAACGACGUCUCGUUUGGAGAUGCAAAGCCCCAUCCCACGCGUAUAGCUGGCCGCCCCAGCACGGCUCUGAAGGGAAACAUCCUCGAGGCCAUCAACAUUGCGACUACUCAAUUUGCCAAUGACUAUAUUGACCGAGAUUUGAUACGCACUGGCGUGUCGAUUGUGAUUGUUACUGCCGGCACCGGUGUCUUUGAAGUCAAUCGAGAUCUUCUCAAUGUGACUUCGCAGAAUUUAACCAACAAUGGCGUUGGUAUAGAUGUGGUUUGCCUCUCAAGGAUGCCGCUACAUUCCGUACCGUUGUUCAAGUAUCGAGCUACCGCGACUGAGGACUCUUCACUUCAUUUUCUCGCACCUGAGCUCGCCGAAAGCCCCCACAAAUCUGGAUCCGGUCCCAGCUUCUUUGAUUCAAGUCAACCUAGGAAGCUGUCUCCCGCGUUGUCUUCCUUUACAACAAAUAGCACUCGGUUUCUGGCUAGCUAUGUAUCUGGACAGACCCGCGAAAAUGCCUUGGGGUGGUGCUUUGGGAUUCCGCAUUGGAUUGAUUUGUCUUACUGGUCCGCUGCCUCCGAGCCAGGGGCAACUGCGCUGGCGCACGUCGGUCAGACGGAUGGGGUCAAGCGUGACAAACGGAGAAAGGGCCCAUUCGUACCGCGAGUGAGGAUGUAUGAGAUCCAAAUGAUGGGACUUAUGGAAUUGGGUAUGGCGGACAUGAGCAUACCUUACAUCAGCGAGACCCAAAAUCCCGCCUUCGGUCGACCUGGUCGGGUCAGGGCCAAGCGAAGACGUACAAGUGGUUUGAGGAGUCUCUCCCAUUCGCCAACCUUGUCACGCAAAGCCCGGCUGAGCGCAGAAUUGAUUCAUUCGGCACAAGGUUUGCUUUCGACUCACGCAAAGGCUCAAGGUGACGUCUUCCAUCGCAUGGACGGGUACGAUGUGGGUUUGUUCCAGACACAAGCCAGCCUACACGUCCAAGGAAGAAGGACAUCGCACCCUUCAAAAAGAGUGGACGCUGUAACGCCACAUCGUCUCGGCAACGUUCACACUCCCGUCGAGGAGCCAAAGUCCGAGUCAAAGUUGACCAAAAUACUCACCAACAAAUCUCUCAACUCCCCCUUUCGCCCGCAGCUCCCUUCUUUGAUGUCCACAGACGGCUCAAGCCAGACUUCACCCAGCAAGAGAACGCCCGAAGCGACCAAGGUUAACCGGAACCUGAAUUAUUCUCUGCGAGGUCUCGCGCCUCCAGUGAGGGCCCUUGCCAGUACCGAGGUGAAUGUCACCAACAUCCAGGCACAGCCGCUUCUGAGCAACCCAGGCCACUCACGGCCAACAGUGGCAACCUCUGCGGCUAGUAUCCGAUCGGUUUCUACCAAUACUGUAGUUGGAGACAACGAUACUCUACGCCCAUCUCCUGUAGAGCAUCCGAUGAAACGAGUUUUGACCCGAGGAAAUGAGACACCAUCGAAGCCAAUCUCUAUCAACACCCCUCUCCGAAAACACAUAGACGAAGGUCCCGCUGGUUCGUAUCACUCAAAUUCGACUUCACGGAGGUUCCAAAAUGACAUCGAAGCGGCCGAGCUGAGCUCUCAAGCAGAGGAACAGGCAGGUAGCGCGUCGUCGGCAUCCUCCGAUAGUGACGACCAGGCGGACGACGCGAGCGUCAACCGCACUGGAAGCUGGCUGGGUACAUCUGUUGCCAGCUCAGUCCCCAAGAGCAACCUGCCUUUUGUGCAGAAUGUAAACGCCUCGAACCCUCUGAAACGUGAUCCCAACAAAAGCUCGUUCUUCGGAAAGUGGCACCACCUCUACCCACGGAAACCGCGCGCUACCACUGUCAGAUGGCGUUCUUUGUGUACUCCCGCCUCGGUCCCUCUCACGACCGAGGACUUUCCAUCGAAGGAAGAACUUGAAACCGAGUAUGAUGCUACCAGUUACGAGUUAACGCUGGAGAAUACGAAUCCCAUGUUGGAGAUUCCCGAAUCUCGCGACACAUUGCUUCGGGAGAUGAUGGCAUUAAGAUUUUCAUAUGGAUAUCAACUAGUAGUUGGCUCAUCGCUGAUGGAGUCGGUUGGUCCGGGGACCUGUGACAGCUCCUCGUUCUUUAACCCCGACCUGGUGCGACCGGAUGGCUCCUUUAUCUUCAUGUCGAUGGGGAAUACCAUACAGAAAAUACAGCUGCAACAAUCGAACCGCAUCCAAGUGACCAGAUACACACGCCGAAGUCCCAACGUGCAACCUGCCUAUCCCCAGCAAAUCAAGUACUAUCCGAAUAUCAAAACGAUCUUGUCCGAGACCUACGCCAUCCGGGACAUGGAGUUCACUGGGUUUUCAGAGCAAUAUCCAUGGGAAGCGGCCGAUCAAUAUCUGGUUAAUUAUACGAAACAGACGGAUGCUGACAUGGGAGCUCUUCGACCAUGGCGAGCUCGCUUUGUGCUCAUACCCGUGGAGCCCCCGGCCACUGCACGAAGACCGGCGCCGUCGGAAAUCGAAGAGAAUGAAGAAGAAAUUCAUCUGCGAGGGAUCCGGGCUCUGACUCAAAUGUGGCAGAAGGCUCGCUAUGUACCGCCGGAUGAAAGGAGACCUGCUCACAACCGCCUGACCACCAUGAAAAGCAAGGAUCGAAACCCGUUGAGGAUCAACCUGGAGACUCUCAACCCUUCUGAGCUGGUGGCGACCGAGCUUGACAAAUUUAUCGCCGCGGAAGAGGCGGGCGAGGUGCAGACUACUCAGCUGCUUCCUGAAGAAGAGCAAUUCGACCGGCAGUCAUUCAACCUGGCAAGGUUGGCACAAGCCCUACAAAGCGACAAAGGCAUCGAGAUCAAGAACAGACGAUGGCAUCUACGUCUGCAUUACAGUUGCUUCUUGGGUGAAGACUUGACUAAUUGGCUGGUCCAUAACUUCAGGGACAUCGACACCCGGGACGAGGCUGUAGAACUUGGCAACGACUUGAUGAAGGAAGGUCUCUUCGAACACGUCAAUAGCCGUCACAAGUUCAAAGAUGGGAAUUUCUUCUACUCCAUCAAGCCCGAGUGGCGUGUCCAGCGGCCAGAAACCAGGCAGUCCUGGUUCCCGGCCAGUCGACGAUCGGAGCGGUCGAUCCCACCAACCCCUAUAUCGGAGAAUCCCACGCGCGAGCUGGUCGCGGGCAGAUCACGAUCCGGCUCCAAUCUGGCCCUCCAAGCGCAAGGGAGCUCCGAGCUUGGGAAAUCGCUGGGUGACCGAAGGAGAAGAACUGUGACGUUGAGCAGAAUGAUCCGGGUCGACAUCGAUCACCGCAAGCGCUCCAACCGGCCGGAAAUCAUCAAUCUACACUACGAUCGGGUGCACAACCCAGAAAACUGUUACCACCUGGAGCUAUCAUGGCUGAAUGUGACCUCGAAGCUUGUUGACGAUGCGCUUGUAAGCUGGACCACACAAGCAGAGAAAUACGGCCUGAAACUGGUCGAAUUGCCGAUCGCGGAGGCAGCCAAAGUCCCCGAACACGAACCGUUUAGGGCUCCAUAUCGUAUCAAGCUCGCUCUGGACCCUCCCCGCCGCAACUCCGUUGCCAACAUGUAUUUCACGGCCACAUCAUUCGGACCCCAAGCACCCUUGAACUCGGAUCAUCAUCUAUACCAAAAAGCACUGUUGAAGACGUUCAACUUCGUGCUCGACCUCGAAGCCGUCUCCGAGUUUCCUGAUAACGUUGAUAUCAAAUGGGCCUGGGGAAAGCUGGAUUAUCGCUACACGCAGUUCGUGCACCGAUCCGGCGUACUACUCGCGCAGAUCACGGAGGAAGGCGACUUCUUGCUUCUCGCAAAUCGACUGUACAACUCGCGACAGAUGCCGAGCCGAGACACUGCGGCAGCAGCCAAGUUCGACAGCGUCGGCAAACAAGAUGGCACAGCCAACGCGCCCAGCUCGACAAUGCUCCGUCCCCCAACCCUGGCAGCAACGCGCGAGUUGCACUCGGCCCCGGGUCCAGCCAUGCAAGCAUCCGGCAUCAUUGGUUUCAACGCCCAAUCUCCACAAUCCGGGCCCUUCGCCUCGCCGCUCAUCCGGCCAGUCUCGGUAGCAACGACAACCACGAGUGGCGACACCAACACCUCCACUUCCAAUUCAACUUCGUAUUCCGCCUCUAACAGCAUCUCCGUUCUGGGAUCUACGCCCACACCUCAAGUGACCGCGGACGUCCUCGCUGCUGCUGGCCGUCGCAAGCUCCUCCGCUCGAGUUCCGCGCAAUACGUGACGCCAGCACAGAUCAAAAACGACCUGGAGUCCUUCUGUCAUGACAAGGACCGUCUCGAGGCCUUUUUUCGCGAAGUUCAGACCACACUGCCCGCGCAACAGGCCGCCGUCAGAGAACGGGAGCGCAAAGCUGCUGGCGGGAGUAGUUCCAGUCUUUUACGUCCGAUCCGUGAGCCCGAGUCGGAGAGGGGCAUUCCGGAGUUCAGUCUGCCUGAGGCUGUUAGUGCUGGGCUGAAAAGGGGUGGGUCCGCCAGUUGA